GAGAUGGGGUCAGUUAGCAACUCGGCAGUGCCCGGUAGGUAAACUGGCACCUCUCCUGGUGUUUGCCAAGUGUACCAAGCACACAUAGGACUUGAAUCGGCCACCCUCCUGUUCCCAGAGCUGAAUCCCCAAGUAACUUUAUAAUUCUACACCUAAAGUCUUUGUCCAAAGGUGAAUAUAAUUCUCAUCCAAAACGAUCACCUGUGUGAGUACAUCUGUCACGUUCAGAUAGUGAUGCAGUAACAGCGCGGGGCCCCCUCGGGUAAAAUAUUUGCCACGCUGAGGUCACUGGCCUUUUUCAGCAACAUAAACCGACAGGACACUUACCCUCAAACAACACACUCUGACCCUGGGUCCCAGCCAAUUCUGUUUAAUAAGAACAUGUGAACCGCUGGCGAGGUACUCAGUGUGCUCGCGACGAGCUGCCACUACAACAAUUAGCAGGAGGACGUAACAACUGAAUGUCUGCUGGACUUAAGUGUAGGAGAGCUGCUGCUACGGCCCGUUGAAAUUGACCUGACGCCUUGUGCUGGUACUCAUGAUUGGUUUCAAUCGAGGAUAAGAAAGAUAGAUUUCUCUUAAAAAAGGGAAAACGUGCAGAGGAGUCAUUAUGCCGACCGGAUCAGUGAAAUUGCACAGCAUAAAGAAACUAGGACAGGAAAACCACAGCUACGAUUUUUCCGAUGAAGAACCAGCUGGCUCCUAUAAGAACGCAGCAACUUCCAAGAAUGAUGGGAAAAAACAGGGAAAUUCAGAUCAACCAGCGAUAAGAGUCGGCUUCUUUCAGCUGUUCCGCUUCGCCACGUGCAACGAUACGCUGAUGAUGGUGGUGGGCAGCGUGUGCGCCGUGCUGCACGGCUCGGCCCAGCCCCUCAUGCUGCUGGUGUUCGGCCUGCUCACCGACACUUUCAUCGAGUACGACAUCGAGCUCAACCAUCUGCGCGACGACAGGAAGGAGUGCGUGAACAACACCAUCCAGUGGAAGAGGAACUACACGGCGGCGGAAUCGGGCCCGAUCACGCCGUGGAACCAGUCCGACUGGAGCCUCAUGAACAAUUCAACGUGGGAGAUGCUCACACCGCUGAAGAACUUGACGUGUGGGCUACUCGACAUUGAAUAUGAAAUGACCAAUUUUGCCUUCUAUUAUGUUGGAAUUGGAGCGGCUGUAUUCUUGCUGGGAUACUUUCAGAUCUCCCUGUGGGUGACGGCCGCCGCCAGGCAGAUUCAACUCAUCAGGAAAAUGUAUUUCAGCAAAGUGAUGAGGAUGGAGAUCGGCUGGUUCGACUGCACCUCCGUCGGGGAGCUCAACACUCGCAUGUCAGAUGAUAUUAACAAGAUCAACGACGCCAUCGCGGAUCAAGUUGCCAUCUUCCUGCAGCGCUUCACCACCUUUGUGUGCGGUUUCUGCAUUGGCUUUGUGAAAGGAUGGAAGUUAACGCUCGUCAUCGUCGCAGCAAGUCCACUGAUCGGUGUCGGAGCUGGUCUUAUGGCUCUGUUUGUUGCUAAGCUAACAGGGAUGGAGCUGCAGGCCUACGCCAAAGCCGGAGCCGUGGCAGACGAGGUCCUCUCCUCCAUCAGGACUGUGGCUGCCUUCGGUGGAGAGACAAAAGAAGUGCAAAGGUACGACAAGAACCUGAUCUCAGCGCAGCGCUGGGGCAUCAGGAAGGGUCUGAUCAUGGGCUUCUUCACCGGAUACAUGUGGCUGAUCAUCUUUCUGUGCUAUGGUCUGGCCUUCUGGUAUGGCUCCAGCCUGGUGGUGGACGCUGGAGAGUACACACCAGGAACACUACUGCAGGUGUUCUUCGGUGUUUUGAUAGCAGCAAUGAAUCUGGGUCAGGCCUCCCCAUGUCUGGAGGCGUUUGCUGCAGGCCGUGGAGCUGCUACCAUCAUCUUCGAGACCAUUGAUAGAGAGCCGGAGAUUGAUUGUCUAUCUGAGGCUGGAUAUAAGCUUGACAGGGUCAAAGGAGAUAUUGAGUUUCACAAUGUGACCUUCCACUACCCCUCCAGACCCGAAGUCAAGAUCCUGGACAAGCUCAGCGUUCCAGUGACGUGCGGGGAGACCACGGCCUUCGUCGGCCCGAGCGGAGCCGGGAAGAGUACUGCUGUUCAGCUCAUCCAGCGCUUCUACGACCCUAAAGAGGGCAUGGUGACCCUGGACGGUCAUGACAUCAGAGGGCUGAACAUCCAAUGGCUGCGCUCGCUGAUUGGCAUUGUGGAGCAGGAGCCUGUGCUGUUUGCCACCACCAUCGCCGAGAAUAUACGCUACGGUCGACCCGGCGUCUCAACAGAGGACAUCAUCGGCGCCGCAAAGCAGGCCAACGCCUACAACUUCAUCAUGGACCUGCCGCAGAAAUUCGACACCUUGGUGGGGGAGGGUGGAGGUCAGAUGAGCGGCGGCCAGAAGCAGCGGAUCGCCAUUGCUCGAGCGUUGGUCAGGAAUCCUCGCAUCCUGCUGCUGGACAUGGCGACCUCUGCCCUCGACAACGAGAGCGAGGCUAUAGUUCAAGAGGCUUUGGAUAAAGUACGUCUGGGUCGCACCACCAUCUCCAUCGCUCACCGGUUGUCCACCAUAAAGAACGCCGACGUGAUCGUUGGCUUCGAGCAUGGCCGAGCCGUGGAGCGGGGCAAACACAACGAGCUGCUGGAGAGGAAGGGCGUCUACUUCACUCUGGUCACCCUGCAGAGCCAGGGGGACAAGGCUCUGAACGAGAAGGCUCGGCAAAUGGCUGACAGUGAGGCAGAGCCAGAGAGGCUAAAUCUAUCCAGAGCGGGCAGCUACCGUGCCAGUUUGAGAGCCUCUAUUCGCCAGCGGUCCCGAUCUCAGCUGUCCAAUCUGAUCCCGGAGUCUUCUGUUUCCAUCGUUGGAGAGCUCGGCCCCAGAGCCUACUCCGUGUCACAGGCGGACAAAUCCACGAAUGCCAUCCCAGAGGAGGACGAGGAGGAACCAGUGGAGCCCGCCCCGGUUGCCAGGAUCCUGAAGUACAACUUACCUGAGUGGCCCUAUAUGCUUUUUGGAUCCUUUGGCGCGGCCAUCAAUGGAGGGGUCAACCCCGUCUACUCUCUGCUGUUCAGUCAAAUCCUGGCGACAUUCUCAGUAACAGAUCCCGUGGUCCAGAGGAAGGAGAUUGAUGGCAUCUGCCUGUUCUUUGUCAUGGUCGGAGUGGUCUCUUUCUUCACCCAGAUGCUGCAGGCUUACGCUUUCUCCAAGUCUGGAGAGCUGCUGACGCGCAGGUUACGGCGGCUCGGCUUCCACGCCAUGCUGGGCCAAGAGAUCGGCUGGUUUGAUGAUCACAGAAACAGCCCCGGAGCGCUGACCACCCGUCUGGCGACUGAUGCCUCCCAAGUUCAAGGAGCCACGGGCUCGCAGAUCGGCAUGAUCGUCAACUCCCUGACCAACAUUGGCGUGGCCGUCCUCAUGUCCUUCUACUUCAGCUGGAAGCUCACGAUGCUCAUCCUGUGCUUCCUGCCGUUCAUCGCCCUGUCCGGCGGCUUCCAGGCCAAGAUGCUGACGGGGUUCGCCAAGCAGGACAAGCAGGCGAUGGAGACCGCCGGACGGAUUUCCGGCGAGGCGCUGAACAACAUCCGCACCAUUGCAGGCCUGGGGAAAGAGAGGAUUUUUGUGGACAUGUACGAUGCCCAGCUAGAUGCUCCGUACCAAGCGGCCCUGAAGAAGGCUAAAGUGUACGGAGCCUGCUACGGGUUUGCCCAGUGCGUCGUCUUCUUGACCAACUCCGCCUCCUACAGGUUCGGAGGUUACUUGGUGCGACAGGAGGGGCUCCACUUCAGCUUGGUGUUCAGGGUCAUCUCUGCCAUCGUCACCAGCGGCACUGCCCUCGGCAGAGCCUCCUCUUACACGCCAGACUACGCCAAGGCGAAGAUCUCAGCGGCUCGUUUCUUCCAGCUGCUCGACCGCGUGCCUAAGAUCAGCGUCUACAGCGAUAAGGGAGAUAAAUGGGAUAACUUCCAAGGGAACAUCGAGUUCAUUGACUGCAAGUUCACCUACCCCACCAGGCCAGACAUCCAGGUCCUGAACGGGCUGAACGUGUCGGUGAAGCCCGGCCAGACGCUGGCCUUCGUGGGCAGCAGCGGCUGCGGGAAGAGCACCAGCGUGCAGCUGCUGGAGAGGUUCUAUGAUCCCGACCACGGCAGAGUGCUGAUUGAUGGCCACGACUCGACCCGCGUCAGCGUGCCCUUCCUGCGCUCCAAGAUUGGCAUCGUGUCCCAGGAGCCCAUCUUGUUCGACUGCAGCAUCGAGGAGAACAUCAAGUACGGCGACAACUCGCGGGAAAUCGGCAUGAAUGAGGUCAUCUCGGCCGCCAAGAAGGCUCAGCUCCAUGAAUUUGUCAUGUCACUCCCCGAGAAAUACAACACAAACGUCGGUGCCCAGGGUUCCCAGUUGUCCCGCGGUCAGAAGCAGCGCAUCGCCAUCGCCAGGGCAAUCAUACGCGACCCCAAGAUCCUGCUCCUGGACGAGGCCACCUCCGCCCUGGACACCGAGAGCGAGAAGACCGUGCAAGAGGCCCUGGACAAAGCCAGAGAGGGCCGGACGUGCAUCGUCAUCGCCCACCGCCUGUCCACCAUUCAGAACUCGGACAUCAUCGCCGUCAUGUCCAGGGGCUUUUUGAUGGAGAAGGGAGCGCACGACGAGCUCAUGUCACUGAAGGGAGCCUACUACAAGCUGGUUACCACGGGAGCACCAAUCAGCUAACUCGCUCGAGGGGAAGAGUGGCCAAUUAGCAAAGCAGUCAAGAGGAACGAAUGCUAAGGAGCAAUGUAAUUGCCGUACAUGGACAUAGACCGGAAGUAUGCCAAAUUAUGCAAAGAAAGGAAGAUACACCUGAACACCUGUUCACUCUUACAGUAUUUAUUUUGGGGUUGGGGUCCUGUUUUGGGAGUCACACACCCUAUUUGGGGGUAAGGUAGUUACUCGUUGCCUUUGUGUUAUUUCGGCAAACGUUUAUCUAUAACCUACAUUUUAUGCAGCAAUAUUCGGAAGUAUAUCCUGCAAUCAACCGCUCUAAACCAGCUCAUUAACGAUAAUUGACGGACAUAACAUAUAGAAGAUGGAUUCCAUGCCUAAAUAUUGUUUUUUUUAUAUUAUUGUUUCAUAUAAUUGAUUGUAAUUGAUUGUACUUGUAUAGCGCUUUUCUAGUCUUCCGACCACUCAAAGCGCUUUGACAUUACCAAUCAAUCACCCAUUCACACCCAUUCAUACACUGAUGACAGGAGCCACCAUGCAAGGUGCCACCUGCACAUCAGAACCCUAACUAACAUUCAUACACAUACAUACACCACAGGAACAGCCUGCGGGAGCAAUUUGGGGUUAAGUGUCUUGCCCAGGGACACACCGGCAUGGACUGCCGGAGCCAGGGAUCGAACCGCCGAUCCUCUGAUUGGAGGACGACCCUGCUCUCCACUGAGCCACACACAUUGCAGAUAUGCCAGUUAUACCUCCACAUAGGGUUACCAUUUACUGUACCCUUACUGUGAUAGAGGGAAUAUGUGAUUAGAAUAAUAUAUGUAUGUAUUAUGAUUACAUUUAAAUAUCUGUCAUUUUUAACAAUGGUUUUGAGAAAAUGCAAUAGUUCCAGAAAUAAGCCUUAUUGGCUUCUUGCCAAUAGUUAGAUGAAGAGCUAGUUAGCUUAGCUUAAAAACAAAAAAAAAGGGGGGAAACAGCUCUAAGAGGUGCUAACAGAGCCAUGCUAGCCAUCUCCCCCUGCUUUCAGUCUUUAUGCUAAGCUAAGCUAACUAGUUGCUUCUAGUUUAAGUUAAGCUAAUAACCUGCUGGCUUUAGCUUCAUAAUUAGUACGAUGUAUUCCGUCUCCCAGCUCCUGAUUGUGUGUCUGUUUUUUCCCUGUACUCUGAUUGUAACUUUAAUGCUGUAUGAGUAGUCUUAUUUUUUUAUGCUUUAAGUGGGAAUUAAAUAAAAACCAUCAAAGCGUCUGAA